AGUUGAGUGCUGCCCUCUUUUGGGUACACCUAGGAAGUUGAAGGCUGAGAAGGUGACAGUCAAUGAGGGGGAGGGAGAGCUGUCUAUAAGGGGUCGGGGGGGGCAGAGAGAGUGAGAGCACCCUCCCGGCGGUGAAGAAGGUACUGCAACAGCUGGGCUACCCGGUGCCAAGGCGAGAAACCGGGGUGAGCGGCGGGGCGAGCGGAGGACACCAAAGUUGAAUCGAGUUCGCCAAGGGGGCUGUGGUGUCGGAGAGGGUUUCCUCGCCCCCGCCUUCUCCGCGCCUGCUCGCCCGCUUGCUCCGAAGUGUCUGACCUUCACGGGAGGGAAGCCAUAGUGAAAGAAACGCAGAAAGAACACCUUCUCUCUUAUAUGCCUCUCGAGUCCUUGAGGUCAUCAGAAGAGGCCCUGUUGUGGAUGCCACUUCCAUCCAAGGUUUCGUGAGAUUUUAAGUGUCGCUUAGGAAGUUUGGACAGAUCCAAAAUAGUGACCAUGGCAUCACGCAUUGGUUUACGAAUGCAGCUAAUGCGAGAACAAGUGCAGCAAGAGGAACAAAGGGAGCGUAUGCAGCAGCAGGCAAUAAUGCAUUACAUGCAACAGCAGGUGCCAAUGGCUUCAACCCCUGCCAUCAACACACCAGUUCAUUACCAGUCCCCACCCCCUGUGCCGGGAGAAGUCUUAAAGGUUCAGUCCUUCCUGGAGAACCCUACCACAUACCACUUGCAACGAUCCCGAGACAAGAAGGUCCAAGAAUUCCUGUCUGAAACCUAUGGGAACAAGUUUGCACCACUGCUCAGUGCCCCUUCUCCCAAACCUCCCCCUUCACCUGGUAUGAGGCCAACGCCAAGUCAUGUGAUGUCCUCUUCUGCAGGCAACAGUACCCCUAACAGCCCAAUGGCAAUGCUCAAUAUUGGAUCUAACCCAGAAAGAGAGAUAGAUGACGUAAUCGAAGACAUCAUGCAGCUGACAACUACUGUGGGAUGUGUUAACACAGACAUUCAUAUGCCCAAUACUCUGCCACUGUCCAGCAGCCAUAUGAAUGUGUAUAGCAGUGACCUUCAGAUGACUCCCUCUCUGGUGGGCAUCACCAGUAACUCCUGCCCUGCUGAUCUCACACAGAAGAGAGAGCUCACAGAUGCUGAGAGUCGUGCUUUGGCUAAGGAACGACAGAAGAAGGACAAUCACAAUCUGAUUGAACGAAGACGAAGGUUCAACAUCAAUGAUCGCAUUAAGGAACUAGGAAUGCUGAUCCCCAAAGCUGGAGAUCUGGAUGUGCGCUGGAAUAAAGGAACAAUCUUGAAAGCCUCUGUUGAUUACAUCAGGAGGAUGCAGAAAGAUUUGCAGAGGUCACGAGAUCUCGAAAAUCAUUCUCGGCGUCUGGAGAUGGCAAAUAAGCAGCUAUGGCUCCGCAUACAAGAGCUAGAGAUGCAAGCUCGACUCCAUGGAUUGCCGACCACUUCACCCUCUGGCCUGAACAUGGCUGAAAUAGCACAACAGGUGGUGAAGCAAGAACCCUCUGGGGAGGAGGGGACAACAGAGAUGCAGCAGCAGCAGCAGCAGCAGCCACUUCCAGCUCUGCAACCACUUCAUGGUGAGCAGGAGACUCAGCACCAGCCUCACUUCGCUCCUCCACAGUCCCCUUAUCACCAGCUGGACUUCACUCACAGUCUGAGCUUUGAUGACAACUCUACAGGCUUCCAUGACACUCUAGACCCCAGCCAAAAUGUCUCUUUUCCUGCUUUGUCCAAAAAGGAGUUGGACUUGAUGCUCAUGGAAGAUAGCAUGUUGCCUGUGGCUUCUGAUCCAUUGUUCUCUGCUGUGUCCCCGGAAGCUUCAAAGACCAGUAGUCGCCGAAGCAGUUUCAGCAUGGAGGACACAGACAUGCUGUGAUUCAAAGCCUACAAAGGAGAAAAGACUAGGAGUUAAAUAUUGUUUGUUUUGUGAAGAUUUGUCUCUCUGCCUUAUCCCUGCAAACUUAUUCAAGGGCAUGCAAAACCUAAUAGAAGUGCAUCCUGAACCGGAAACUGUUUGUAUGAGGGUGGGGAAUGCCCAGCUCUUGGAAUGUUACCCACCUACCACCUCCAACUUGAUUCUGCCCUGAUUUGCCAAAAAUGGAGUAAUCUUGCCUCAUCAGCCAUUUGGUUUGAUAAUUGUGGUCUUGUAACUCUCUUUCAGCCUUUCUGAUUCCUGCAGGUAUAUUUCAAGAGCCCUGUGCCUUUGUACCACAUGCUCCACAUAGUCACUUUCAGCAUUUUGUUGUUGUUGCAACAAUGCAAUUAUAAUGUCAAUGGCCAGGCAGCAGCUUGCCCUUUUGAAAAGCAGCUUUAACUAAGGCUUUGGCACUAACCUGUUCCAGCAGACAAGUGCAUUCCUUAAGCCUCACUGUGGUCUCUUAUUUUUUUUAAAUUGUUGCUGCCAUGCUGAUGAGAUUAAUGGCCUGCUUCAGAUGUGCUUCCAGUUUGGGGGCUUCUUAUGGGGCAGGGAUAUCCAGUGCACACUGAUAGAAGGAGAGUGUGGUGCUACUGCCAAACCAUGAACAGUGAUUUUGUAUCAGUCAUUUCGAGAGAUGGACGGACAGUGCAAUAACACGUAUGGAAACCUGCCUAAAGAUGGAACCCCAAAUGGGACAUAGCAGCCUUAACAAGUUUUUGCAGUUUUCAGAAUUCACACUUCAUUUGAUCUUGAUAUAGAUCUCUAGUCUGAAUCCUCUAAAGCUCAGUCUGUUGAGGUAUAAUUUUGGGUUCUUCUCUUUAUUUUUAUUAUUUUGGCUACAUACCUAAAUGGCAACAGGUACAAAGAGAAGGAAAGGUAUGUACAUACCUCGAGGCUUUCAAAAGUUUUUACUGCAGCUGUUUACCCAAGAGAAGCUACAGGUUGUUUUUCCAUUUGAAACCACGAUUGUUGAAGAGUAUCUCCAGUUGCAAAUUUGCUUCUCCCUGACAUGUGCCUGUAUCUGCGCAGGACUGCAGUCAUGUCCACGUGAAGUUGCUCCAUAAAGUACUAAUUACAUAGUCCAUCAAUCUAGCUUUGAGCCAUAUUUUUUUUUGAAAGCUGAUUCUAUGGCCCUGCUAGGUAAAACAACAGCCUAAGUCUUGUCACUUAAGAGCUUUGUUUGGCAUAAGCUUUUUGUGCACUGCAGCUCAGUUGUAUGUGUAUGUCAGACAAAACUUACCAGUCCUUAGGAUGCCAUAGGAAUCUCCGUUGUUCUUCCUGUAACAGACUAACAUUGCUACCCUGAAGAUUUAUGCUAGGUGCUAUAACUGCAGCCUUAAUGUGAAGAAAUACAUAUUUCUUAGAUUCUUACACAUAACUUUCCUCUUGCUGAAGUCCUCCUUAUUUUUGAAAGGAGAUCCAUGAAACCCUUUUUUUUGAACCAGUUCAGUUAAAUUUAUUCAGCUAAACCUGUGCAAUCUCUAGUGUGAUUCUAAAGACAAUUAAAUAGUACACUGCAUAAUGCCAAAUGUCCAUACUUCAGGAUCUGUGUGAUGUUGCCCCUCUGUCAGGGUGACCACACAAAAAAUGAAUACUGAAUUCAUGUAUCCGUGUAUCUUUAAUAGUACAGUGGUGCCUCGCUUAGUGAUGUUAAUUGGUUCAAAAAAAAA